AUGGACGGGGUUGCAACAGAAUUGUUCUCCGUCAACCAACCUCCUCCUCAUAUCAAUAACUCUACAUCCGUCAUUCACCACACUCUUCCUAUGCUGCCGACUUAUGAACUUGAGCAGCCUUCGAAGCUCGACUUUGAUGUUGAAGGACUGUAUCGUCAGCCCAGAGAAGAAGAGAGCUCCGAAGACGAAGAACAAGAACCCCGAUAUUAUACCCAGGGUUUCUACUUUCCUACAUCUUCGAACAGUUGCGACUACACCCCUGCUGUCUUCACAGCCUUCCGGGACCUCAAGAGGUUUCCUCUACCUGAGGCUGCCGAAUAUGAAGAGCAGACUCCUGAGCGAAAUGAAUCCAGAAGACGAGAUUUCGUCCUGCUCAUGCACGACGAAUUGAAAGGAGUCGAGGACGAGGACAGCAAUACCGAGAGCAGGUCUAAACAGACCAGAAAUGGGGGUGAGGCCAAGAAGGAAGACAAAUCCAGAUGGAUCCUCAACCCUCAGGGGGAUUACUCGAUGUUCACAAUUAAGGAACUCCAGUGCUUGGGAUGCAUCCAUCACUUUAACUAUCUCGGUCGACCUGUCCUCGGCAAGUCGGCCACAGCUCCGGCAACUACAAUUGCCAUUCUAAAGUCGCCAAAGCACCUCAACGUCACCACUCCCAAUGGGCUUUGGAAGAGCACCAUUAUGGAGUGUGCCACGCGGCUGCUGGACCCAGUCCGCUACUUCGGCAAGACGGAGAUCCUGGAAACCCUUCGUGGGACCGAUCUCGAGAAUGCUUGCAUUGGCCAGUGCGUGAAAACCUACAGUGAGCACGGGUGGUGGGUCUAUGACGAGUACGACGAUGAAGAAUACCCUGUCGAGCUCGAUUUUCUCCAACCAUCGUUUGGGCCUGGUAUUAUGUUCAACGGAGUCACCAAAGGCCUUGCCCAUCGCAUUGACAUAAUCACUGCUGCUACCCAGGAGAAAGAGAAAGCGGACGCAGCCUGCAAGGCAGCAUUCAAUGCCAGGCUUGCGCAACCCCGCAAGCGAUCGGGACUUGGUAAACUCUGUAUCACCCAUGAGGAUGUUCAAGAGGUGCCGACCUUUACUUCUCAACGACGGACUACCUCGUCACCCCUCCGGCACCCAGUUCAGCCCACCGUCAAACUAGCGCAGCCAACCGCCGGCCCAUCAAAUGGUGUUGUCGUUCCCGAUCGGUAUACCACAGGAGGCUCGCUACCGUAUGAAGAAUGGAAGCGACGCCUGGCCGCGACAGAAGACGAACCUGUUGCGGCAUGUUGGGCCGACGACGAAGACGAAGACGACGACGGAGAAGAAAACGUUGUUCCGACUCUUCAAUAUACGACAGGAAGCUCGCUACCACGCGAAGAGUGGCAGCGACGCCUCGCCGCAAUAGAAGAUAGACCUAUUGCUGCUUGUUGGGCAGACGACGAAGAUGAAGAAGAAGAUUCUUCUGCCCAGCCCCAAACUGAGGCUGGAGCCCAACACAUCAACAUCAACAAAGCAACUGUUGAUGAAGAGGUUGUAGACACGGAAGACCUCUAUGACAAUGAUUGUCAAGGCGUGUCGUUCUCGUCAACAUGUACAAGUGUCGAUCACUCCCGGGCUUCGAGUGUCGUCCCCGUUGAGACCCCCGAGACCUCGCUCAACGUAUCAGACAAUGAAGAUGUUGAACCAACGGCCGCCGCUGAAGACGAGAAUAUUCAAUCCCGUCCUCCACCAGCCAACCGCCGUGUCCGCUUCGACUCUUCUCCGCUUACGUCCUCGCCAACAAUCACCUGGUGUCUUCCGACCGAAGUGUCGCGCUUCUCGUCGACAUCAUUCGACGACGACUCCGAGGCGGAGAGCCUCGAGCAGAGUGGCGCAGGGGGGGAAGAAGACGACGAAGAAGUCCUCGGCCCUGUCCCCCAUCUGCCAGCCUUCCAGCGCACACGCCAAGGCUGGUGGCACGCCAGCUGGCGCACCACGAGGGCAAAAUUGACCAAGAGCCGACCGGCCAGGCACAAUGCGCACGGGGUUUCCACCAGCGCCAAUAUCGGCGCUGCCUAUGUCGAGGUCCCCGAGUCAAGACGCGGGAGCAACAGGAGUGCAACUAGCGCCCUUCGCAAGGCCAACGCAAAGUCCAAGGGUCUUCUAAAGAAGGGCCUCCAGAAAAUCAAGGGCAUCUUCACCAAAAUGCAUUGA